AUGCACUUUAAUUUAGCUGCAUCUAUAUUGUAUGGAUUGGUGCUUUCCCUUACACAACUAGCUUUCAAGAAGGUUGUGAAAAGGGAAAAUUUUAGAAGUGUCAUGGAUAUGAUAAUAUAUCAACAACUGGUAGCUACUUGUGUGACUCUAAUUGGACUUUUUGCAAGUGGAGAGUGGAAGGAUAUCAAAAUGGAAAUGGAGGAGUAUGAAAUGGGGAAAGCUUCUUAUGUGCUUGUUCUCACUUUCAUAGCCAUAACUUGGCAAAUCUUCAAUAUUGGUGGUGUUGGACUACUUUUUGAGGUUUCUUCCCUAUUUUCUAAUGCUAUAAGUUUUCUAGGUAUGCUUAUAGUUCAUAUAUUAGGUGCGGUAUUCUUUCAAGACCAAAUGCAUGGGAUUAAGGCCAUUUCUAUGGUACUAGCUGCUUGGGGAUUUAUAUCUUAUAUGUAUCAACAAUAUUUUGAUGAGAGAAACACUCCUCACAUAGGCAAAGAUUCUUCAACUUUAGAAGGGUGA